AUGCCCAAUACACAUACACAUACACACACAUACACACACACACACACACAUAAACACACAACAGUUUUGCAAUCUAACAAGUCGGUUUGUCUCUCACAUUGUCUCUCUGCCACUAGUUUGCUUGCGUGUGUAUGUAAACGUGAAUUUCGCAGCCAGCACAAUCUUCCACCUUGUCUGUCUAUCUCCGUCACUCACUGUGUCUGUCUGUGUCUCUGUCGUCCGUCGGUCGGUGUUCGGCAGGACACGAAGUCAUUUCGUCGUACCGUCUGUGCCAGUUUGACUGAAACAGCACGACACUGUCGUUCGCAGCGCAAGUUCUCGCCUCGUGGCAACUGGCAGCCUCUUCGAUUCGUCGAUUCGUCGUCACGCCCGCUCGGACAUGAUUUGCAGACAGAAAGACUGAUCGGAUCGGACAACCGCCAACCCGCAUUUCCACCACUUUCUCUCUCUCACACACACUCAAUCUCUCUCUCCUUCUUGCAUGUGUUUAUAGGUUUAAAUGUGCCCAUUUGUGCACAGUCUUUGAGUGCAUGUGAGUAUGUGUUUAUGUGCGAUGUGUGCUUCAGGUGUUUGAGUGAAGUGCCUCCAUGUGUGUGUGUAUGUGUGUGUGUGUGUAUGAGUGUGCUGCGAGGUGGAGAGAUUGAAUUGAAGCUGGCAAGUUGGUUUCUGCAAAUGUGGCAUGCACAAGCAUUCGGCUGGCUGAGCUCGUUGAGUGAGUUACGCCGCUGUGGAUGGAUGGAUGUGGUGUUGGUGCUACGGAUGAGCUUGUUGCGCCAGCCAAUGGCAACACACAGUCUGGCACACUGGCACACUGUCACACUCUGA